AUGUCUGCUGAAGCUGAAACUACCACUAUAGACAGCCAGCCUGAGCAACAGGCUCCACCAAAAGCACAGGCUUCAAAGAAGGAAAAAAAGAAAGGGCCAGAAAAGACAGAUGAAUCCCUCUUGGCCAGAUUCAAAGGCGAUGGUGUAAGAUACAAAGCUAAACUGAUUGGCAUUGAUGAUGUCCCAGAGGCAAGAGGAGACAAAAUGAGUCAAGAUUCAAUGAUGAAGCUGAAGGGCAUGGCAGUGGCAGCCCGUUCUCAGGGUCAACACAAACAGAAGAUCUGGGUGAACAUCUCCCUCUCUGGUAUCAAGAUAAUAGAUGAGAAAACUGGGGUCAUAGAGCAUGAGCAUCCAGUGAACAAAAUCUCCUUUAUUGCUCGAGAUGUAACAGACAAUCGUGCCUUUGGCUAUAUUUGUGGAGGAGAAGGCCAACACCAAUUUUUUGCCAUAAAAACAGCACAGCAGGCUGAGCCUCUAGUUGUUGAUCUUAAGGACCUCUUCCAACUGAUAUAUAACAUGAAGAAGAAAGAGGACGACAACAAGAAAAAGAGUGAAGAAGCAAGUAAGGCUGAGGAUGAUAGCGAAGCUCUACCUGCUGAUCAAGCUGACAAAAUAAAACUGGGAGUUGACCAGAUGGACUUGUUUGGGGAUAUGUCAACACCUCCUGAUAUGAGCAGUCCCACAGAAGCUAAAGAGAUUCUGUUAGUGGAUUUAAAUUCCGAAAUUGAGACCAAACAGACUUUUACAAAAGAGGAUCUCUUCUUGAAUGGCAUCACAACCUCUCUUCCACAACCAAAGCCACAGCCACUCUUGCCUGAGAAUUCUUUCUCUACCAAUCUCAGCUUCUUUCCCACACCUAAUCCAGACCCUUUCAGUGAUGAUCCUUUCACACAGCCAGACCAAUCUGCACUGCCUUCAUCUGUUUCUCUAAAAUCUGCUGAUCAGAAGAAGGAAGGUCUGAAUACCUUGACACCAGUGGGUAAUGGUGCUUCAAAUGGUGAUAUUGAGUACUUUGGUAAACAGUUUGACCAGAUUUCUAAUAGAACUGGCAAACAAGAAGCACUUACAAGCCAGUGGCCACUUGAGAGUAAUCUACCUGCAGCAAGAAUCCCAAAUGGGGUACCAGAGAGAGAACAGGAUGGCUUUCUUAAAGCCAUCUCAAACCUGUUUGUGGAAAGUCCUUCCAAAGGAGUAUCUCUGCAGAAUGGAGUAAAGCUGGAUUCUGAAAGCAAUAUCCAGCUCGUGUCACAUGAGUCUAUAACAAUUAGCCCACCGCCACAAAGUACCAAGCCAGGAAGAGGAAGGAGGUCUGUCAAGACUGCAUCAGAUGACGUAUUUAGCUCAGACUUUUUUGGGCCAGCUACAGAAAGCCUUAGCGUGACCUCAGUGGCACAAACAGGACCUGUGCAAACUUGUCCACUGAACCUCUUCAGUGAAAGUUGUACCAUAACACCUCCAUUGGUUUGUCUAGGUGGCUUGCCAGUAACUCCCUCACCUUGGAGUACACAGACACCUACCUUCAGUCAGGCUGCAUCAGUCUUUCCUGGUUCUGUGAUGCCUGCUCAGCCUACAAGAUUUACUCAGCCAGUUGCCUUUGGUACUUCAGCAUUGCCAAGCUGGAACCAGCCUGCAUCUUUUAGUCAAGCAGUUCCUCAGUCCUCUGGUCUCUGGGCACAGCCAGCACAAGUUCCAUCUAGUUCAUGGGUGCAACCAUCCAGUGCUGUAAAUCCCUUCCAGAGUAGUGUGUUCCCAUCUUCAACACUACCUGCUCAGAUGCCGUCUGUACUGCCCUCCGUGUCAACAACAACUAGCCCACCUCAGCCACCACCUAGAACUGCACCUCCAAAGGAGUUAUGCAAGAAAGAGAGUGAUGCUUUUAUUGCUCUGGAUCCACUUGGUGAUAAAGAGAUGAAGGAUGUCAAGGAAAUGUUCAAAGACUUCCAGUUGACAAAGCCACCUGCAGUACCAGCAAGGAGAGGAGAGCAGCAAAGUCUUUCAGGUACUCCUGGAGCUUUUAGCAGUAAAGGAGGCAUUCCUCAAAAUAGUAUAGAUCAUGGUGACAUAGAAUUUAGCAAGCUGUCUGUCAAAAUGACUGUUAAAAUCUAG